AUGGCUUGUGCGGAGUCCUUGGUGAAGUAUAUACUCUUCUUCACGAACUUAUUUUUUGCACUCGCUGGUUUAACGCUCUUGGGGUUAGGUAUCGCGUUGGAACUCCGAGUUGCCAGGGUAACGGAUCUCUUUGAAGAUUCUCAGCUCUACCAAUUAACCCCUAUCGGCGCGAUUGUGGUAGGAUGUAUUGUCUUCUUGAUCGCAUUCUUUGGAUGCUGUGGAGCCAUCAAAGAGAACAACUGCAUGCUCAUCUCUUAUGCGGUUUUCAUGAUAUUUUUGAUGAUCCUGAAAAUUACACUGGUCACUUUGAUAUUUGUGAAACAAGACGAAGUCCUCAGCAGCAUCCCGGGCUGGCUCGUCGAAGUCUUUGCCGAGGAUCGUACUGGAUUCCAUGAAAUAGAAAAAACUUUUCAAUGCUGUGGACCUAAGGGCUUCCAAUCCUAUAAGCCUCUUAUAGUGUUGCCGUCAUCAUGUUGUUCCGAAAACGUUUGCAUUCAAGAGAACGCAUACGACGGAUGCAACGUAGUGGUCACCCAGUUUUUCGAAACAUUCGGCCUCGCGAUUGGCGUAAUAGCCAUCAUUGUGGUUCUUAUUGAGGUA